UUUCUUCCCCCGACACGAAGCCCUGUCUGUCUUAACGCCCAGGGUCGGGCGGCCCAGCCCCCAUUUCGGUGUUGAAAUGGUACCACCGUUUCUAAGGGAGCGCCGAGACAGGGCUGUCUGCGCCACGCCAGGCUACCCUCUGUCACCCCCGCGGGGCGGCCCCCCCCCCCGCCUGCCUGUCCGCCCCCCCGCGGCUCGCGCUCCUUCCCCCCGGCCGCCUAGGAACGGGACUCUAAAAUGGCGGCGGCCGCCACCGCCGGCGGGCAGAGGACUAAGAAGUGUCCCAAGUCUUUCACGGUUUCAUAGGUUAAGGUAUUUGUGGAUUAACAACAAUAAGAUCCAAGAUUUAACUUUCUUGAUCAAAAACUAUUGCUUGACUGAACUCUAUCUCAACAAUAAUGAACUGACAGAUAUAUCAGGUGCUCUGAAACACCUAUGUGCGUUACAGAUUCUGUUGCUUCACAACAACCAGUUAAAAAAACUUGGCAAAACAGUGAAGGAAUUGAAAGGAAUGAUAAGCUUGCAGACCCUAAACCUAUUCCAUAACCCUCUGGCACAAGACCCAGACUACCGGCUUCAUGUGAUAUACUUCCUUCCUUCAGUACAGCUUCUUGACAGGAAGUCAGUUACACAAAGAGAAAGGGAGUCAGCGCUUCAUCUUUAUAACCGUGAAAGGUCUUGUGCCGUGCAGUCAAUAGCUUUUGGAAGGAGAGUAAAUACACCCCUGGGAGCUACAGUGGGAUCUAGCAGGUGCAGUCAACCAGCCAGAAGACUGAUGAUGCCCUCAGGUUGUGAAUUUGGAAAUCACACAAAUAAAGUACCAUUUGAGAACCCUGAAGAUGCCGUUUUACUACGGGCAAUGACAAGAUCUCUAAUGGAAUUUUCUUCUGUUGACUGGAACAAAGUAGCCACCUGUCAAGAGAGACGGCUUGAAAACAAAGCAGAAGAAGCCCAUGAGAAGCUGACAGUCCAAUUUAGAUGAGUGCUUUCUUCCUUAAGAAAAAAAUUAUUCCUCUCUCUAAUGUGGAGAUAAGCCCCUUAAGUAAGUUAAUACCUCUAUAAAACAAGUACACUAAAACAUGCAUCCAAUUAAAUGAACUUCCAGCAAAAAAAGUAUUAGUGUACCAUCCCUUUUAUCAUCAGAUGUGUAAUAUGGAGAGUGAAGAAAUUAAGAAAACAAAUGAUAAAUAGUGGCAAUGUUACAAUAUAAGUUGCUUGAAACUCAAUUCUUACCAUACUUUUGUUAUCAGAAUUUAUUAAAGUUAAACUGCAAGUUAA